UCUCCAUAUUAGGCUGCCAUUAAAAGAUGGAGGAGCUGUACACCUUAGAGAGGGAGGUGGGCAGGGGCAGUUAUGGAGUUGUCUUUGAGGGUCAGAUGGCCAAAACAGGAAACGUAGUGGCCAUCAAGCGCUUACCCUGCAGCAACCCAGAGUCUAUUGAACUCUACCUGCAAGAGCUGUGGGCCAUGAGGGCCACUGCCAAAAACCACGUGAAUGUGAUUGCUCUCCACAGCUGCCUCCUGCAGACCGGGCCGAGGAGCCUGAAGCCCCUAAAAUCAGGAAAACCGCCCCUGCGUCUUGUUGAGACUGUACUGAAGGGCACUGUGGUGGGAGUCCAACAAGAUCAGAGGAGGAGAAAAGACAGUUCAAGUAAUUUGAGGAGGACUAAUUCUAAUUCUAGACUUCAGGACAAGACCAACACGGUCCAGGCCAGAGCUAAACUCCAGGACUUGGUCAAAUCUCAUGAUUGCGCAACCCCACAAAGACCUCCAAGCAGAGGCAGGAAAAGGUCGGCACAGAAUGAGGAUGAGCAGGAUGGACCUCUGCGCUGCUUAGCCCUAUGGCUCGUGAUGGAGUACUGUGAUGGAGGUGAUCUGAACCACUUCCUGCUCUCCAGGCCACCAGACCCUCAGCGUGAUCACAGUGUGGUACUGCAGCUCUGCAGUGCUCUGGCCUUCUUGCACAGCCUGGGCAUCACCCACCGAGACCUGAAGCCUGACAAUGUUCUAGUCUGUGUGACUCCCAAAGGCCCCGUCAUCAAGGUGGCAGAUUUUGGUCUGAGUAAGAUGAGUGAAGCAGCGGUGAACGGGGAUCUGACCAGGCAGCGCUUCUCCUCCACCUGCGGCUCUGAUUUCUACAUGGCUCCAGAGGUUUGGGGUGGCCUGAGUUACACUGCCCAGGCCGACAUCUUCUCUCUGGGGGUGCUGUUCUGGGCCGUCCUUGAGAGAAUCACUUUCCUGGAAGAAGGAUCGACGCAGGAGCAGCUUGGUGCCUACGUGUGCAAGGGCCGUUCAGGCUGGCUGAUGCCGCUGGGGGAAGCCCUGUGGGAGAACCCUGAAUUCCAGCUGUGCAUCCCUGUCAAGUUUAAAAGGGCGCCCCCGCUGCCGCCCCCACCAGGUCCGGCCAUGUGCACCCUGCUCUUAGACAUGCUCACCUCGGACCCGGACACUCGGCCAACGGCCGACCAGCUGGAGUCCAGAGUGUGCUCUGCUUUGAAAGAAGACUCUGAGGGACUGAGAGUCGCGUGAGAGACCAGAAUGUGUUUCAGCCCCACAGACCACAAGCAAAACUGGACUCUUGUCAGUCUUCUGCCUCAACGGAAUCAUUUUUUUAAAUACAUAUAUAAAACUAUAAAUUAUCAUGUCAGGAACAUGGAAAUCCUUGGAUUGUUUCCUGUGAAGAAACUCACAGUAGUGUUCCAACAAGUUCACAGAUCUAUAGUGACGGAUUGUUUCCUGUUGCUUUUAAUGUUUCAAAAAAGGUCUGCUAGUUACAUAUGAAAAUAAACAUGCAUCUAAAUACAG